AUGUUUUUCGCUGGAAAGGUUGUGCAGUUCCUCCAGUUCUGCGGCAUUAUUGCCGUGAGCCAGGAGGUGACUGUGGUGCAAGACUGGCCGGGUUAUGUCUACAAUAUCUCAAACACCGAGCAGGUGGCCAAGGACCUCGUCGUCGAGGAUGACCCCAACGAUACCAUCACCACUCGAGGGAACUGGGUGAGCCCCGAGUAUAAACCCCUGUACUCAGUGGCUCUGCCGAUCCCACCUAUUCUCGAGCCUAAGCGAAAUCUCACCAACCCGACCACCGGCAGACAGAUGCACUACUACGAGGUGGAGAUCAGGCCCUUCAACCAGCAAAUUUACCCAGACCUGGGCCCGACCCGGCUUGUCGGAUAUAAUGGCAUGUCUCCUGGGCCGACCAUCAUCGUACAGCGGGGCACCGAGACCGUCAUGCGCUUCGCCAACAACGCCGACCAGGAGAACGCCGUUCACCUCCACGGGUCGUACUCCCGUGCUCCGUGGGAUGGUUGGGCAGAGGAUUUGACGUUCCCUGGCCAGUACAAGGACUACUACUACCCCAACACCCAGGAAGCCCGCAUGUUGUGGUACCACGAUCAUGCUAUGCACAAGACUGCUGAGAACGCCUACUUCGGUCAAGCCGGCAUCUAUCUGAUCACCGACCCAGCAGAAGAUGCGCUAAACCUGCCAAGCGGGUAUGGCAAGUUCGACAUCCCCCUGAUGCUGGCCUCCAAGCAGUACAACAACGACGGCACGCUCUAUUCGCCAGCAAAUGAGACCGAUAGCCUGUGGGGUGACGUGAUCCACGUCAACGGGCAGCCUUGGCCAUUUUUCGACGUGGAGCCCAGAAAGUACCGGUUGCGAUUUGUGAACGCGGCCAUAUCGAGGUCUUUUGCCCUGUACUUUACCAAGACCGAGGAUCUCAACUCAAGGCUCGACUUCCAAGUCAUUGCGAGUGACAGUGGACUGUUCACCGAGCCGGUUACUACCAACAAAAUUUAUGUUUCAUCAGGAGAGCGCUACGAGAUUGUCUUUGACUUUUCUCAAUUUGCCGGACAGUCGAUCGAGAUUCGCAACAUUGCGGACGUCGACAACCUGGGCACGGACAGAAACUAUGAAAAGACGGGACAGGUCAUGAAGAUCAACGUAGCCAGCACGCUCGCGGAGCCGGAUACAUCCGAGGUCCCCUCGCGCCUUCGCGCCGUCGACUUCCCCUCGGGCGGCAACGGCAUCGACCACAGCUUCCGGUUCCACCGUAGCAGGUCGCAGUGGCUAAUCAACGGCGUGGGAUUUUCCGACGUCAACAACCGCGUGCUGGCCAACGUCCCGCGCGGCACCGUCGAGAUCUGGGAGCUCGAGAACGUCUCGGGCGGCUGGACGCACCCCAUCCACAUGCACCUGGUCGACUUCAGGAUCCUGAGCCGCCGCGGCGGACGGCGCAACGGCGUCGUGGAGCCGUACGAGUCAAAGGGCCUCAAGGACGUUGUGUGGCUGGCCAGGAACGAACGGGUCCUCGUCGAGGCGCACUACGCGCCCUGGGACGGCGUCUACAUGUUCCACUGCCACAACCUGGUACACGAGGACAACGACAUGAUGGCCGUCUUCAACGUCACGUCGCUGCCGGAUUUCGGCUACGACGACGGCGGCCGCUUCGUCGACCCUAUGGAGCCUGAGUGGAGGGCCCAGCCGUACAACAUGGACGAAAUGAGCGCCCGCACCGGCAGCUUCGCCCCGGAGGCCGUUGAGAGCAAAAUCCGGUCCCUCGCGGCCGCGAACCCGUACCCGGACCCCGAGGGUGUCGAGUCGGCGCUCAAACAGUACUGGGCCACCAAGACCGCGGAGAGCAACUGGAUGGAAACUUCGCACAAUGUGUCGGCUGCAAACGCCGGCCAAGGCGUAGCUGCUCUUGGGAUGGAGCCCUCGAACAGUAGCUCUGUGUCAACGCCGCAAUCCAGAGAGUCUUCCUUUCAGGCUCAGAUGAUCUCUGCCCGUCAUGAUCCUCCCAAAAGACCUAAGACCGAGUCUCUCGGUCUCAGCUAUCGUGAUGCCCAGACAGGCGAGACGGUCCACCGUUCACUCAAAAAGAGCGACUGGGAAAUGUACAAGGAUAUCAUCAUACAUGAGUACAUAGUCCGCAAUCAAACCCUUAAUACCGUCAUCCAAACGCUCAAGACCAAGCACGGCUUCAGCGCAACACCCAAAAUGUAUAAGACUCGCUUGUCCCAGUGGGGCAUGCACAAGAACGCAUCCAAGAAACUGAGGCCACCCGCGGAACCAAAGGGACCAAUAGAGCCCAUUAACCCUUCACUACUGGAGAAGAGACAACCAAACUCAUCACCGCAGUUCGAUUCUAAGCCUGUUUACGGACCCAUCGUACCUCAAUUUCAGGGGAUCAUGAGCCCGGGGGAUAUUGAGACUUUCACAACACAGCCCAAGGACGGAUCGCCUCCUAAGCAAACGAAUCCUUUCAGCCCGAGUCAUUCCAGCUUAUCCAACAUGUCUACAGGGAACAAAGGGCCAACCCUCCAGGAAACGGCCUGGGAAACAACUAAUCCUGUACCGCCGCUGCCAGUAUCCACUGCUGGUAGCAGUGACACUGGCCUCGCAAUAUACUCGCCGGCCAUCGAGACUCAAUAUUGGCCCUCUCAGACGCACGCAAAAACUGUCACUUCACCUGCCGAGCACCAUCACACAUGGUCACCAUCCGUCGAGAGGCCUGUCUCUAAUGAAAUUCCUUACCACGACAAUACAACGUUUCAUGUAGAAAAUGCGCAGCCAAUCGUGAAGCAGUACUUUGCGUCACAAAUGAUGCCAUACGACAGAUAUUCCCGGGCUUACUUGCCAUCGCCAACCGCACUUCAUGUCUCGCAGCAAGGUGACCAGCUGACGCGCGAUAUAAUCUACGACUGUGUCGAGAGUACAUGCAGCGGCCAAAGCCGCAUCACCAUACUUGGUGACGGCUGGGAUAAAUUGGAUACUUUUCUUACGUCGGCGCGCAAGAUCCCCACCUUGAUGGCCGCGGGGGAAUUGAAAACGGCGGGCAAGAUUAUGCGGCAGACUUCGGCGCAGAUAGAGCCGCUGAUGCGAGGCAAGUAUGAUUCAGGAGGCCAAUGGGGUCCCGGCCCCGGACCGGUGGCCAUGGUGGGCAUGCUGAGGAUAUUUCGGUUGUUUCAUAAGGACUUUCCCGACUUCUUCAAGGUGGUCAUGGAGCAAGGUUAUCGGCUGGCCGUCGUCUGGGUGCCGUCUGAGCAUCACCCAACGCGCAGGAUUCUGGCCCACUUGAUAGAGAUCAUCGGGAAGCCCGAAGCCGACGGGCUGGCCAUCGACGAAAUCGUGACUGAAAGCUACAGCUGGCUGACGACCAAGGUGCUGGAGCUCGUGCCGUCACGCGAGGCUUCGUACCUGACGUGGCUCCUCCUCCUGAUGUACCCCGAGGGUUCCGACGACUUUAUGGCUUACCAGCACGGCCAAGGCCUGCAGAAGAUGGCAGCCAUGUGGAGCCACCGAUUUGGGGAUGGACACCCCCGCACGCUCGAUGCCCUCUCGGUCUACGAAAUCUACCUCUUUCGAGAGUGCAAAGCCAUGAACCUCAAACGCAUGAGCCCGGAGCAGCUUGCCGCAAACAUGGUGAAGCUGCUGGGCUUCCACCUCCCCAGUCCGGACGGAGGGGGCUACGACGAAAGGUUGACGGAAGCGAGCAGCAGUCGGUUGGACUUUGGCGGCUCGGACGAUGCGGACGAAGAAGUACACAGCGCCUCGUCGGUUGCCGAGCAGACUAUACUGGAUGCUAUCCACGAGUGCGUCAAGCUAAAGGACUUUGGGUCAGCACUGGGUUACUACGAGCUCUUGGAGCAGUGGCACGCUUUCCGCCGCGACGUGGUGCGGGAGGCUCAGAUCAUAGCAUGGAGAACGCAGCUGGAGGUGGACUGCGGCUGGUCUCCAGGAGGGUGUGACCAUGUACCAUUAUUCUUGUAUUCAGACUCGUAA